UUAACGUGUAUCUUCUUUUAGAUAUGUCCACAGGUCGUUGAUGCAGUUACUCGUCAGCUGGAGCCUGUUUUGCAUAGCCUUCCAAUUGCAGUAAAACUUGAUGAUGUGGCAGCUAUUGAUUACUCACUGAUGGGACCUCCAAAAGUGACACCUGAUAAUUUGGAUGUGCAAAUGAAGGGUGAAGUUUUUGAAACUGCACACCGUACCACACCACCAUUUUCACCACCACCAUUGUCUCUACCCGAUGACCACAACCUGAUGGUUUACUUUGCUGUUUCUGAUUACUUAUUUAAUACAGCAGGGUUUGUCUAUCAGUCAGCUGGAAAGCUUGUCUUCAAUGUGACUGAUGACAUGGUUCCAAAAGGUUCUCCAGUGAGACUGAACACUUCAUCCUUUGGGUUAAUGAUACCACAGUUGGCAAAGAUGUACCCAGAUAUGCUCAUGAAGCUAAUAAUUACAUCAGACUCUGCUCCAUCUCUGAAUAUCAGUCCAGGAAAUGUGAGCAUGGCACCACUGCUGAACAUCCAGGCCUAUGCAAUACUGCCAAAUUCAUCCCUGGCUCCUCUGUUCCUUUUAAAUCUGAAAACUGAUGUAAUCGCAAACGUUGCAGUAAGUUCGAGCAGAAUUGUGGGAAACCUGAAACUUAGCAGGGUAGACAUUGAGCUGAAACAUUCGGAUGUAGGACCUUUCCCGGUGGGGCUUAUACAGACUGCAGUAAAUUUUUACCUCUCAACCGUCCUUCUUCCAAAAGUCAAUGAAAAACUUAACGAGGGCUAUCCUUUACCUUUGCUCGAUCAUGUGCUGCUUGAAAACAUCAUACUGAAGCAAUAUGAAUACCUCGGUCUAGAGGAUCCAGAGGUGGACAACAUCUGCCCCAUGGAUUCAGAACAGCUUGUAGCCCUUGCUCCACUCAGAGGGGCAGAAGUCGUUGAUCAGAACCAUCCCGAACCGGAGAACACCCAAAUGCCCCCCCUCACUGAUCACCAGAGGGAGGAGCUUCCUUCCUGCAACAUCUGUUUGGAAGUGAUGCAAGAGGGAGCGCAGACUAACACCCUGACCGGCUCCCACCAGUUCCACAUUGGCUGCAUCACCAGAUGGAUGCAAGGAAAUUUGAACUGUCCCAUCUGUCGGCAAGAAUCAUUUGGAUUACUCGGGUAUGUGGCUUACAUCUGUCAGAUUUUUCUCCCACUUUUGCCAUUUAUGAGUAAAAACCGGGCUUCAUAUACCAAAUUAUGGACAGAUGAUCAUCACUGCCUCUGGCCAAUUCUGGGCCAGAGGGCCAUCGAUGUCUGUUCGUCUGGACCACCUGCCUUCAAACACCAAUCUGGCCCCCCCAAAAACACCAGCCCGGACAACCUCCCAUUUCUUAACGCCAGCCAGGACCACCCACCUUCAACACCAGUCUGCCCCCCUAAACACUGGACAAUCCCCCUUCUGAACAUAAGCCCGGACCACUUCCCUCUAAACACCAGCCUGGAGAAAUUCCCCAUUCUCAACAUCAACUUGGACCACCCCCUCUAA